GUACGAGGGACUUUCAUUCGUUUCAAAACAAAAGAAAAAGAACCGGAGCCGCACUAUUCACGUCCGUUCCCCCUUAUGCUGUGAUUCGAACAAUCAGGCGCUUGUUAUCGGCGGCGAGCCGGCGAGCACGUACCACGAAGGCACGAAUACCACCAGACGACGAUCUCCCAUCGUCUCCCAUCGACGCAUGCCUUCCAAUCGAGCGUCGUUCUCCCCCAUAGAGCACCGUCAUCCGACAUUAAGCACCAUCAGUCCGUCCGACCACCGACCACUCAUCUUUACUGUCAUCCCUAGCUCCGAUCACCUCCAUCGUGUUCUGAAUUUUGAUAUAAUAUGGAUGGUGAUGUGAGUUCAGAUCCAAUGGAAGGGGUUGAGAAUAAGGAGCAAUCUGCUCCCAUAAAUGUAGAUGCUGAUGAACAACCAACUCCUCAAAAUCAUAUUCCAAGUCAAAAUGCAGAAAUGCACUCGGGAGAAGAGGAAAUAGUAAUGAAACGAAAACGAAAAAAAACAUCAAAGGCAUGGGACGGUUUCACUGUAGUGACUCUAUCUAAUGGUACCAAAAAAGCUCAGUGUAUUCAUUGUAAAACAAAGUUAACUUAUGGUGAUACCGGGACUACAUCAACCUUAAAAAGGCAUUUUCUUAUAUGCAAACCACAUAAGGAUUACGAAGAAAAACAGAAUUUAUUGAAUUUUCCACUUAUUAAAUCUGAUGGAGAUGCAGGACAUGAGAAGCUUCCUUCAUUGAUCAUGCCUGAUGCAAAGUAUGAUGGUAACAAAAUGAGAGAAGCAAUAGCUACUUAGGUGUUGGGUACUGAGCAACCUUUUUCAGUUGUGGAGGAUGAUUUAUUUGUGCAUAUGAUGAAGACAGCUACUCCAUUAUUUGAGAAAACAAGCAGGACUUCAACCAAAGCAGAUUGUUUUAAGAUAUAUGAGCAUGAGAAAAAAACACUGAAAGCUCUUACAAAAGCGACCUCAAAAAUCAGUUUGACCACUGAUUGUUGGAAGUCAUCUCAUCAGAAGAUUGAGUACAUGGUUAUCACAUGGCACUUUAUUGAUCAUAAUUGGAGAUUGCAAAAACGUGUCUUGAGUUUUGUACAUGUUCCUCCUCCUCGUACCGGACUUGAUAUUGCUGAUGGUAUUUAUAAAUGUUUGAAGCAUUGGGAAAUUGAGGACAAGAUAUACACGAUAUCUGUAGACAAUGCUGCAUACAAUGACAGGGCGUUGAGAAGACUGAAAGAAAUUUUUUCUAGAGUGAGAAAACUCAUGUGUGGUGGGAGGUUGUUUCAUGUUAGAUGUUGUGCACACAUUUUAAAUCUUCUUGUGAAAGAUGGUCUUGCUAUGAUUGAUUCUGUUAUCGGGGAAGUUCGUGAGGGUAUCAAAUAUAUUAACAAUUCUGAGGCGAGACUUCAAACAUUUUCAAAUAUUGCACAUCAACUACAAAUACAAGAUAGAAAGUUAUUGCUUGAUGUUCCAACACGAUGGAAUUCAACCUAUGAUAUGUUGUCGGUUGCAUUAAAAUUUAAAGAUGUUUUCCCAAGAUUUGCAGAGUACGAGCCACAUUUUCAUCACCUGCCUAAUGAUGAGGAGUGGGUGCAUGUGGAGAGUGUAUGUGAAAUCUUGAAGGUUUUCAAGGUAUGCACAAAUGUCAUUUCUGGAAGUGAUUAUCCAACAUCCAAUCUGUAUUUGAUUGAGGUGUUUAGAGUAAAAGAAACUUUGGAUAAAGGUGCUCUAUCAAAAAAUGAUUUUAUUAGGACUAUGGUGACUAAGAUGAAGGAGAAGUUUGACAAAUAUUGGGGGGAGUGCCAUCUUGUCAUGGCUAUAGCUUCAGUGUUAGAUCCAAGAUUCAAAAUGAAGUUAGUAGAAUUUAGUUUCCCAACCAUAUACUCCAAUGCUGAAAAGAACAUUGAAGAAGUGAAGAAAGCACUUUAUGAAAUGUAUGAAGAGUAUUUGGAAAUACAUGAUGCAUCAGUCCGAGAAGCUGCAACGCCUGCAAAUGGAUGUGGAGGAAAUGAAGUGUCAAAAACAUCACUCGGGUCCGGAUGGGAGGCUUUUGGGGAGUUUUUAAAAAAUACAGAUUUUGGAGAGACCAGAAAAGUCAGAAUUAGAUAUGUAUUUGGAAGAAGGUGUUUAUAGGGACUCGAGACAAAAAGGAAUAGAUUCAUUCAAGGCUUUGGAGUGGUGGAUUGUUCAUAAAUUGAAGUACCGUGUUUUAUCAAAGAUGGCUAUGGAUGUGCUUGCGAUCCCGAUUUCUACCGUUGCAUCUGAGGCAACAUUUAGUGCUGGGGGUAGAGUAAUUGAUCCAUACCGAUCUUCAUUGGCACCAGACACUGUUGAAAAGUUGAUUUGUGGAGGAGAUUGGAUUAGACAUCGUUAUGGAAUCAAGAAAAAAAUAGAGAAGGAGGAAAUGCCCAUUGAGGUUUUAUUACCUACAGGGACAAAUUUUGCUGGAUUGAAUUUGCUUUAAGGAAGAUUAGCUUUUGAGUUUUGAUAAUAUGUUAUGUUCAAAUUUAAUCGUUUUUAUAGUAUUUUUGUAAUUUGAACUUCCAUGAUAGGAAGACUUUCUUUUGGAUGGUUUAAUUACAUUUUAGGUUUGUAUGUUGGAGUUUAAAACUUAUGUAAUUUGAAGAUUUUAUUUAUGCAUCUUGGUUGGAAUUUAAGUAGUC